AUGGCCGACGCUAAUCUUCUCCGUCCCACUAGUACUCGAGCACCGGACGAAGAUUCCGAUCAUGUUGGCUCGGGCGCAUCAACACCUCCCGGUGGUGUCUCAACGCCCGUGCCAGAUCUGAUGGAUAAACGUCAACCCGGUUUGGCCCAUGCCUACUUUGCCCAGGUUUGUCAUUCUUUUCGUGCUCCUUUCACAUCACCCACACAUCCUGCCUGCCCCUCGUCUCUGUCCCGCAGCGUCACCCAUGGCUCGAGUCUGAACAUGGACCCCUCCUCUACUGCCUCCGCCGGCGCCCCUCCACCCACCGCACCCAAUUCGCCCAAGCACUCUUCUCUUGAGCCAUUGGACAGCGAGAAAAGAGAGCUAACACAAGACACAAAGAGUACUCCUCCUCGGACCCCACGAGCUUUAUCACGCAACGAGACGGCCGCCGUUGUCGAUGACGCCCCCGCUCCCACAGCUCCACAGAUCUCGAAGAUCGAGAAGAGCAGCCGAUCCAGCUCCAACCAAUCUAGUAGCCAACCUACUGUCGGUACAACCAAAGGCCAGCUGUCUGUCAACAUUGUACAGGGAAGAGGUCUCAAGCCUAGUACCGCCCCCUAUGUCGUCUGCAUUUAUCAACUGAACGAAGACAUCUCUGGUGGCGCCGAGAACGAAAACCUGGCCAAGGGAGUUGCUAUGAGAAGAAUGGGCAGUGACUCGGGGAAAGCAAUGAGCAUUCCCGGACUCGGCAGCCGCCAGACCAGCCAGACAGACAUCUCCAAGCUCAAGGACUCCGCUUCGGACAAGCUCGUUACCGAGCCGUUGUGGAACCACGAGGCUGUAUUCGACGUCGUUGGUGAUCAAUCAGAGCUCGAUAUCUCUGUGUACGACAAGAAGAACCAAGAAGCCUUUAUCGGGCACGUCCGGUUCAGCCCCAACCUUGAGAACUACGACACACCCCACGAGGCUUGGUUUAAACUGAAGCCUAGAGAAGGCGAAUCCGACAAUGUUCCCGGCGAGAUCCAGCUCAGACUCAGCUUCCAGAAGACCGACAAAAAGACCUACGGCCCAGAGGACUUUGAAAUCCUGAGACUUAUUGGCAAAGGCACUUUCGGACAAGUCUUCCAGGUUCGCAAGAAGGAUACACAGAGAAUUUAUGCCAUGAAGGUGCUCUCGAAAAAGGUCAUCAUCCAGAAGAAGGAGAUUGCACACACCAUUGGCGAGCGUAACAUUCUCGUGCGCACCGCCACCGCCGAGUCACCGUUUAUUGUUGGUCUGAAGUUCUCUUUCCAAACUCCUGCCGACCUCUACCUGGUCACCGACUACAUGUCGGGAGGAGAACUCUUCUGGCAUCUCCAGAGAGAGGGACGCUUCCACGAAGGUCGUGCCAAGUUCUACAUUGCUGAGCUCAUUCUGGCUCUGAGGCACCUCCACCAGCACGACAUUGUUUACCGCGAUCUGAAGCCCGAGAAUAUUCUGCUGGACGCCAACGGCCACAUCGCACUUUGCGACUUCGGUCUGUCCAAGGCCAACCUUUCCAAAGGAGACACAACAAACACUUUCUGCGGCACCACGGAAUACCUUGCACCUGAAGUCCUACUGGACGAGCAAGGUUAUACCAAGAUGGUCGACUUCUGGUCGCUGGGUGUUUUGGUCUUUGAGAUGUGCUGUGGCUGGUCGCCCUUCUAUGCCGAGGACACUCAGCAGAUGUACAAGAACAUUGCUUUCGGCAAAGUUCGCUUCCCCAGAGACGCUCUGUCAACAGAAGGACGCAACUUUGUUAAGGGACUGCUGAACCGUAACCCGAACCAUCGUCUUGGAGCCAAGGCGGAUGCUGAUGAGCUCAUGGCUCACGCCUUCUUCGCUGAUGUCGAUUGGGAUGCUCUUGGUCGCAAAGCGCUUGUUCCACCUUUCAAGCCCAAGCUCAAGGGCGAGUUGGACGUGAGCAACUUCGAUCCGGAAUUCACAAACGCCCUAUCGAGUGGCAACUCGUCGUCUCUUAACGCUCGUGCGGCAGCUCUGGCCAGCGGAGUCAACCCAGCUAGCACACCUCUCAGUCCUACACUGCAGACGGCCUUCAAGGGCUUCACGUUUGUUGACGAGAGCACCCUCGACAAACAAUUUGGCAACGACGCUAACCACGUGCAGCAAGCACAACAAGAGUCGCAAGAGGACAGCGAUGAGUUGAGGAAGACCUCGAGUAAGGGUGAGCGCAUGAGUGGCGUGGUCUCCUCGUCAAAUGAACCACAGGGUAUUUUCAACGACGGCAUGGACGUGUAA